AUUUCAAAAGAUUGAAAAUAAGAGCUCUGGAGCUUCAACCAUUUUCCCUUAAGCCUCUUUUACGCCGAGCAAUGGCAAAUGAGUCAAUGGAGCGGUAUCGACAGGCAUACAUUGAUUAUAAAACAGUGCUACAGAUAGACAGCAGCAUCCAAGCAGCAAAUGAUAGUGCUAACAGAAUAACAAAGACUUUAAUAGAUCAGGAUGGUCCCAGUUGGAGGGAGAAGUUGCCACCAAUUCCAGUUGUUCCAGUUGCUGCUCAGCUACACAGGUGGGAUGGAGGAAACCUUCCUUCAGAGAAUAAGCCAAGUACUACAGACCUCAACAGAGAAGAGCAAGUGCAGAUGAAUCGUGAGGAAGCUAUGGAAAAGUUCAAGAGGUUGAAAAAUGAAGGGAAUGAUUUUGUAAAAACGGGUGAAUAUGAAAAAGCUGCAAAUAAAUACAGUGAGUGCAUGAAGUUAAAUACUGAGGAAUGUACUGUCUACACUAACAGAGCUCUCUGUUACUUGAAACUGUAUAAAUAUGAAGAGGCUAAGCGGGAUUGUGAUCAUGUUCUUCAGAUAGAAGAUUCUAAUAUUAAAGCUUUUUAUAGAAGAGCACUAGCGUACAAAGGAUUACAGAAUUAUCAAGCCAGUGUUGAUGAUUUCAACAAAGUACUUCUAAUAGAUCCAAAUGUUCUUGAAGCACAAAAGGAAUUAGAGGAGGUAACCCAACUGCUUCACCUUGACAGCAGUGCUGGAGCUGGCAGUCAGCGAACACGAGGGAAGAAAAUAACCAUACAAGAGGUGACUGAAGCUGAUGAACAGGAAGAGAGACAGUUGGCUACAUCAGAAGAUGCUGAGAUUCACCAUGUUCCUGCUGAGGAGGCUGUUCCAAAGCGAGUGCCACAGAGGUCCUCGGAGAAACUCCGUGUUUGGGAACCAUCCAACGCUUAUGACUUCGGUCAGAUCAUAAAUGCAGUGAAUGCCAAUAAGGAUAAAGCUGCUUGUGCAGAUCUUUUAACUAUUACUGAUCCAAAAACAUUGCCGGUGCUGCUAAGUAACAAACUUGAAGGAGAAAUCCUUCUGAUUUUUAUCCAGUCAUUGAAACAUUACAUAGCUGGAAAAGAUCCUGGCCUUGCAUAUCAGCACCUUUUCUACUUGAGCAAAGCAGAAAGAUUUAAGGUGGUGCUGGCCCUUCUUAGCAAAAAGGAAAAAGAAGAGGUGCAGCAAUUAUUUGACGUACUUUCAGAAAGCCAGAGUGAUCAGUACUCAUUGGAACAUCUUGAGAGCCUUAAAAAGGUUUAUGAACUUUGAGAAGUUAAAGUUUAUUGUCUGCAUGCAUAUAGUUCAUGUUAGAAGAUGAAUGAUUGAACUCUGCAGACUUGCCUGGGUUCAAGUGGGUCUUUACCUGGACUACUGGAAUUGUAUUUUGUUUUGACAGCAUAUGCACAUUUAAAAUUUGCUGUUCUUUUCUUCUUGUAGUUGUAUACAUCUAUAGAGUUUUAUGCCCAUCUGUGUUCAGUAACAGAGUUAAUUUCAUUUGGCAUACUGAUUUUAUUUAGACUCAGAAAAAUAUAUUUUACAUUAUACAUGCAGUAUGAAAUACCUUGAUGGUACAGUAGGUACACUUUUAGUCAUCACUUUUUACAUCAUUUUGUGAGUUCUGUGUUCUUGUGAUAAAGAAGUGACUUCAAGACAGAUGGGUCAGGUAGCAGUAACUUUGCUAAAAUGAGUUUACAAAAAGUAUUAACAUUUUUCAGAAAACUCCUGUGGGCCAUCUGUUUGUUCACUAUUCCUGGUGUGUACAAAACAGAUUUAAAUAUUUUGGCUUAAUACAUCUUAACAAAAAAGGUGAAUGAACUAUAUAUUAACUUGUCAUGGAAACAAUUAUUAAAUGGAUGGGUACUUUUUAACAAGUGAGUAAUUUUUAGUGCACAGAGAACUUUUUUCCUGUGUGUGCAGGAGGAUGUCUGGUUUUCUGAGUUUUUUUAGGCAGUGACAGAAGAACAAGUGGCUGCACUUCACAAUAGAAAUAUUUAACUCUUGAGUUUUGUAAUCAGAUUAUUUAAAAUACCAGCUAUUUCUGUUUACAGAUAUAUUUAUA